AUGGAGAGCCGUGUCCGGCCAUUGGGAAACAAUGCCACAAUUGUGGCGGAAGUAACCAUUUCUCCCCGUGUUGCCCAAAAAAGCCGAAGGCGGAAGCAACGAUCGGCGGUGGCGCUAGUAGUGGUGGCGGCAGCCAAAAAGGAACCCAUCCGGGAAGCAAACAGGGCGGCACCGGCCCGCUCCGACAUUCCUUUACAGCUUCUUGAUUCGACAGGCAAAUUGCUGACCACGGUCAACGAAACUAUUCCGGACGGCGGAGCCGAAGCUACGGUCGGUGGCAUGGACGUGUUACGUGAACUAGGAUUAUCCGAGAAGGACCUCACGUCAUCCACCUUCAACCUGGUUAUGGCGGACAAGUCGACCCCCCUACUGGUGGUUGGAGAAAAGGAAUACCUGGCCGAAUACGAAGGAGUGACUACCAGGAUCACAAUCAUUCAGCCUUUUGUAUAACAUGGGCCAAUUCCACUGGUGCUCACGGCAGAAGACAUCCAGCGCAUCGAAGGUGACACCGUCAAGGAGUUCACGGUGGUCUUCGAUCAAUCGGGAUCGCUAAAUUGUAUGGAGGGGCCCGAGAUGAUCAUCGAGCUGAAGGACGACGCCGAGCCGUUUUAUGUCAACGGAGCUCGACCCAUCCCCUUUGCCGAUCGUCCGGAGGUUAAGCGCUUGCUCAACGAAUAUGAAGCUAAAGGCAUCAUAAUUCCUGUGACGGAAGCGUCCGAUUGGGCCGCGCCACUAGUCGUCACCCGGAAAGCAGACAACUCAUUGCGACUUUGUGUAGACCAUACCAGGUUGAACAGACACGUGCGUAGACCGACGCAUCCCACUCGCACGCCGCGCAUUGCGGUCACCGAGAUCUCCGGGGACGCCCAGUUUUUUACAACGUUUGAUGCAGCAAAUGGAUAUUUUCAGAUUCCCCUCCACCCGUCAUCGCAACACCUAACCAUAUUCAUGACGCCGUGGGGCAUAUACAAAUUCCUGCGGGCGUCGAUGGGCCUUUGUAGUUCCAGUGACGAAUACAACCGUCGAGCCAACCGGGCGUUUCAAGAUCUCAACAAUACCGUCCGUGUGUUCGAUGACCUACUUCGUUUCGACAGCUCCUUUCCGGAGCACGUGGCCGGAGUUUGUGCUGUGCUGCCAGCUGCCAGGAGCGCUGGUAUCACCUUCAGCCUCAAGAAAUUUAAGUUUGCCCGCAGCCAGAUCCAAUGGGUUGGGUUCCAAAUUCAACAGGGUGGCAUCUCGGCCGACCCGGACAAGCUCAGAGCCAUCUCCGACUUUCCACAACCGACCAAUAUCACAGAGCUCCGCUCCUUUAUAGGGUUGGUGGUGCAGCUCGCCGGGUUCUCCACGGACGUCGCGGCGGCGAAGGCCCCCUUGCGGCCUCUCCUCAGCACUAGAACGCCUUUCGUGUGGACGACUGAUACCGACAGCGCGUUUUCAGCCGUCAAAAAAGCUCUUGUGGCGCCGCCGGUCCUCGCACAUUUCCAUCCCGCGUUGGAAACGUCGCUACAGGUGGACGCGUCUCGUAAGAAUGGAAUGGGCUACGUCCUCCUUCAGCUUCAUGGCUCUACAUGGAAGCUUGUGGACGCUAAUUCCCGAUGGUGUACGGAUACCGAAUCCCGCUAUGCUAUAGUGGAGCUUGAGCUGGCAGCGGUGGAAUGGGCGAUGCGGAAGUGCCGUCUUCACCUCCUGGGGCUACCCAAAUUCCAGCUCGUCGUCGAUCACCAGGCUCUCGUCACGAUAUUGGAUAAAUUCACGCUGGAGGCAGUGGAGAAUCCGAAGCUUCAGCGCCUGAAAAAGCGCCUCUCACCCUUCAUCUUCACAACGCCAUGGCGUAAAGGGCACCAUCACGCGAUUCCAGACGCUCUUUCUCGAGCUCCCGUGAACGAUCCGUGCCCGGACGACGAAGUCGCAAGUACUGAAAUUCAAUCAUUUUCGAGGCGCGUCGUCACUCGCUAUGUCAGUGCGAUGCAUCGAACAGACGAGGAUGUGGCGGAUUCCGAUGCGACGGAGGAGCUUCCCCAUUUGCCGGACCCAAUGCUGGACGAUCUGAGAGUGGCAGCUCCAUCCGACGCCGACUAUGCGGAGCUCAUCGCGGCCAUCAUAGAUGGAUUCACAGUUCCGCGUCACCAGACGGCCCCAGGCGUUCGACAGUUUUGGAAGAUGCGCGAAGAUCUAUCGGUGGACGACGGACUGGUGUUAUUUGGCCGGCGUAUCGUCGUCCCAAAAUCGGCCCGUCGCGAAUUUUUGCUGAAACUACACGCCGCCCAUCAGGGCAUUGUGCGGAUGAAACGACGAGCGCGUCAGACGGUGUUCUGGCAGGGCAUUUCCAAUGACAUCACUCUCCUGGUGGAGAGCUGCCAGAACUGUCAGGAGCGACUCCCGCGUCAGCAGAAAGAGCCCCUAAUGCGCGACCCUCUGCCAACAAGAGUAUUCGAAGAUGUGUCGGCUGACCUUUUUCAAUUAGGCCCUUUACAUGUCUUGGUGUACGUAGACCGCCUCUCCGGAUGGCCAGUGGUCCAUCAGUGGCCCCACGAUCCGUCUGCUCGCGAAGUCACCCAGGCGGUCAUCGAAAAUUUCGUUGACUUGGGAGCUCCGGUCCGGAUGCGUUCAGAUAACGGCCCCCAAUUUGAGGCGCACAGCUUCCAGGCCAAGUUACGUCAAUGGGGCGUCGCGUGGGGGAAUUCCACGCCCAACUACCCGCAAAGUAACAGCCACGCGGAGGCGGCCUUGGCCGCAAUGAAGAAUCUCAUGGCCAAAAUCUCACCAUCCGGAGUGAUAUCUGACGAGUUUGCCCAGGGCAUGCUGGAAUUCCAAAACACACCCAAGGAGAACGCCUUUUCACCAGCUGAAAUGGUUUUUGGUCAUUCUUUACGACUGUGA